GAAUCUGCAGUGAACAUUGGAGUUUGGAAAUUAAACAGUCAAUUCAACAUGAUGUCUCCUCGCAUCACCCUCUACUUUGACAUUGGAAGUCCAUUCAGUCAGAUUGGAUUCCAUAUUCUCAGGAACUCCCCUGUCUUCUCCAAAUGUCAAAUCGACUACGUGCCAGUUCUUCUUCGAGACUUGUUUCAAAAAUGCAAUAACACACCCCCAAUCGCAGUGAAGAACAAGCUUCAGUGGAUCCAAGGCGAGCGCCUGUACUGGGGUCACAGAUUCGGGGUCCCGAUAACCGAUGCCGUGCCUGAAGGAUUCCCAACCUCGACGAUCGAUAUCCAGACCGCGUUAUGUCUUGUUGCUAGAGAGGCGCCUGAGAAGUUGAUCUUGAUCAUCGAGACGUUCUACCGUAUUUUCUGGUCCGAGGCGGAUACCAAGAUUGCCACGCCCGAAAGAUUCUUCGCCGUCCUCGAAAACGAACUAGGAGAAGAGGUUGCAUUAAAAAUUCGGAACAAAUCAACAACGUCGGAUGCGAAGACCAUCUUGCUGGAGAAUACACAGCAAGCCUUUGAUUCCGGGGCUUUUGGGUUGCCGUGGUUCGAAUGUGUCAACUCAGAAGGUAAACAGGAAGGUUUUUGGGGAAUUGACCACCUGGGUCGCCUGGCAGACUUCCUGCAGUUGGAUACCAGCCUUGAUCGUUCUUUCCGAGUUUUGUUGUAA